UUUUUCUCUUGCAAAUUUAUUUAGAUUCUGAUCAUUGCUUCAAGUUCGAAACUUUUUGCUUUGCUGAGGUUUUUGUUUUGGCCCUUCUUGCAUUUGAUGAAAUUCUAUCGCUUAAUAUGCUUGUCUUCUUUGCUAAUUUCCUGUUUCACAGCAAAACUAGCUAAUAUUAUCAUGAAAAUGCUGUAAAAAGUUUUUUUUUUUUAACCCCAUUUUUUAAUUUUGUGAUUCUUGAUGGAAGUUGGAAUCUUUAUUCAUUUGUUCGGGGCUCUGCUAUAACACCUUAUUGUGAAAAUUUGAUGAAAUCCUAUGUCUUACGCAGUUGUUAUAUGUUUUAAUUUUAUGUUUCAUAAUGAUAUGACGGGGAUUGGAGACUAUUCUGCUUGAAAUUACCAGCAUAGCUGGUCUUCUCUUAUUUUUGCCGACUCACAUUUAGAAAUGCAUUUUUUCCUAUGAACGAAUAUUUUGUCGUUUGCCUGGUUUCUUGGUACUGGUUGCAGCGGCAGAGCCACAUAGCUCCAAGUCGUCGGAAAAAUACAUUGUUUUGAUAGUUUGUUACCCUUCUAAAAAGAAGUUUUUGAAGAUCGUUGCCUUUUGUGGCUCUGUGGUUGUGUACACUACUUCAUGAUGGGAACUGAAGAUAAAACGCUGUUUUGUUUCUGUCAUUGGGGUGGAAAAAAUAAGGUGCUUCCAGAUGGAUCCACUUCGUAUGUGGGAGGUAUUACUGAUCAGAUUAUUGUGAAGACAGGCAUAAAGUACAAUGAUUUUGUGAAUGCAGUUUUUGACCGAUUAGGCAUUGAUCCUUCUGAUAAGGUCUUGCAGUUUACAGUGAAGUUUGAUAGGGCCCAAUUGAUACGGCUGAGAGACCAAGAAGGUGUUGAUACUCUGUUAGAAUUUAAUGAUGGUUUUGCCCAUGUUUAUGCAUCAAGUUCAGAGAAGGAGUCUAAUUCUGCAGUUGCUCCUAACAUGGAUACCACUAGGGUUUCGACCACUGAGGUUGAAGCAGUCUCUCUCGGAAGUGCCGAAGAAGAACAAGUUAGUGCUGAUACUCCUACUCCAACUCCUGCACCUUCCCACCAAUGGAUCACCGAUGGAACUCCAGAUGCUGCUGCCAACUGGAGUGAAAUACUUGUUGGGGAAGGGCAAGCUUUUGAGAAUGCGGAUGCUUUUAGGCUUGCAGUUUUCAAGUAUUCGAUUGCGAAUAAAUUUCACUACAGAAUUUUGCACAAUAAACCCAGAUACAUUAGCAUCCAUUGUGCUGCUGAUGGGUGCCCAUGGAAAGUGAGUGCUGGCAUCGAAAAGAAAUCUCAAAAUGUUUCCAUUAGGAAAUUUGUUGACUCUCACUCACAUCCUCCUCUAGAUUCAUCACAGUUGAAGCCUCGGAUCAGGAUGAAGUGGUUGGGCGGUAUCAUGCAAGAAGAAAUAUUGGGUAGUCCUGAUUGUUUGCCUCGAAAAGUGUGUGAGGAUGCUGAGAAGAAUUUGGCAAUCAAAUUGACCUACCGUCAGGCUUGGAGUGUGAAGCAGAGGAUAAGGGAGGCAAUUGAUGAGAAGUCAGGUGAAUCUUAUAAAUUGAUUCCCUGGCUAUGCAAUCGCUUAAUUGAGGCAAUGCCCGGAACCAUUGCUACAUGGUCGUGCACCGAGGAGAACAGAUUCAAGCGGCUGUUCGUGUCAUAUGACUGCUCAAUACGUGGCUUCCAUGUUGGAUGUAGACCUUUGAUCUUUAUUGACGUUUACAACUUGAAUGGGCUACCCAACAGCUCCUUUAUAGUUGCUUCUGCUUUGGAUGCAGAUAAUGAGAUGUAUCCUCUAUCUUAUGGCAUUCUCCUGUCCAUGAAUGAGGAUGAUCUUCUAUGGUUUCUAGAAAAGCUAAAGCUUGUUGUGCAAAAUCGCGAGGUCGUCAUAGUUUCUGGCGCAAGUCUCCCUUUUCUCUCCAGCUUGGACAAAAUGUUUGGUGAUGAAAACCACAGCUUUUGUUUUCAUUGUGUAAAAGAGAAUUUCACUAAAUUCGUUGAUGGUAAUACUGCCUUUAAAGUGCAAGGGAAAGGUAAGGAGAUUGCACUGAAGUACUUGACUGACAUUGCCUAUGCACGAACACUAGAUAUUUAUAAUGAAACUCUAGGCAAGAUCUGUUCUUUCCGCAGGGAGUUGUAUGAUUGGGUAAUAGCUAGCCAGCCAGAGCGUUGGUCUAAUGCCUUGUUCAGGAAACCUCGGUGGGAUCAGCUGAAUUGUAAUUCUAUGGAUGCUCUAAACUCUUUUAUAGAGGAGGAGAAGUUUGUACAUGUCCUAGAGUUGAUGGAGGCUUAUCAUGAGAAGCUUUAUAUGUUAUUACAGAAAAACAAGCUCAAAAUCGAACAAUGGAACCUUCCGAUUGGUCCUCGGGUCGCUGAAAAGAUUUUUGAAAAUCAAAAGGUCGGGGAUAACCUAGCGGUGACGGUUUUAUCUGAUAUCGAGUUCAAACUACGAGAGCUACAGGGCAGAGAAGAAGUUGUAAAUCUCAAACUCUGGACAUGUACAUGUUUAGAGUGGCAAAUGACAGGCAUACCAUGCAGCCAUGCAUGUAGUGCAAUUACAUUGGCGGAGAUGAACAUUUUCCAGUAUGUAGCUGAUUGGUACAAGAGGGAGACACAGGAACAUAUAUAUGCUGAAGUUAUGGAUGAACUAGCAAAAUUUGAUAUACCACAUCCAGAUGAUAUCGUUUCUUCGGCUUCUUCAGGUAAUGAUGUAGUGUUGUGUCCACUUUCACCACAUAUUAAAAGACCUCCUGGUCGUCCCCGGAAAGAACCCAAAGGACCCCAAGUUGAAACUGUAAAAAGACCCAUACGCUGUUCUAAGUGUGGUGGUGUUGGACAUAAUAAACGUACUAAAUGCAGUUCUGUAGCACAGUAAAUUAUUGUUCAAGGUAUGAACAAUUUUAUCAGUGAACCCUUUCUCCAGUUUAUGCUUUCAGUGCACAGGGUUUAUAACUGAACUAUAUGCCCUUCAAUGGGGUCGUACAGAUUAAGUUACGAUGACUCUGGAUUCUCGUGAGACAUACUAAUGAGCGUAGCAGUACCUCGCAAUAACUGCUGUAAAAUUUUGAGUCCACGUGUGUGAGCACGCUCGCACAGCUGGUCUCAAGUUCGGGUAACGGAAAGUCAUGCUGGACUGAAGGCAGCCUAAAACCAGACAAUUUAUGAUAAAUCCUCGCAAUACAUCGUACAUAGAUGGGAUGUGCUAACCUAGGCACAUUUUUGUGCCAGUAGAAGAUAUUGAGACCUUUUAGUUCUUUUUAUUUUUAUUUUGUAUAAUAUUGGCCUAAGGUGAGUUUCAAUGGAGUGGCAUGAGAAGUGAGAAUUCAUAAAGUUGACCCUUUAA